AUGACUUGGCCCUUUGCUGCUGUUGCUCAGUUUUGCGCGUCUUCUGUCAUUACCCGAAAUGCCGCCAUAUGUAGUGAAUUAGUAGAUCGUGCUGCUUCUCAGGGUGCUAAAGCCGUCUUCUUUCCUGAAGCUUCCGAUUUUAUUGCCGAGUCAGCAGCAGAAUCAAUACAGCUGACAACCAGUUUAGGCGAUUCUUCAUUUGUGAAAAGUUUACAAGAUUCCGCACGCGAUAAGCGGAUAUGGGUUUCUGUCGGUGUGCAUGAAAAGAGCCCUUCGCCCACUCAUAUAUAUAAUUCGCAUUUGACCAUUGAUGCUGAUGGAGAUAUCGUCUCGGUGUACCGCAAAAUCCAUUUGUUUAAGGUCGAUAUCAAAAAUGGUCCACGGUUGAUGGAAAGCGAUUCGACAUUUGCUGGCAACACGAUUCCGGAUCCAGUAGCCACACCUAUUGGGAAAGUGGGCCAGCAAACAUGCUACGAUCUUCGUUUUGCAGAGCUAUCCAUUGCACAGCGACGUCGUGGCGCAGAUAUUCUGACAUUUCCUAGCGCUUUUACGGUCAAAACGGGCAUGGCGCAUUGGGAACCCUUGUUACGGGCUCGUGCUAUCGAGACACAAAGCUAUGUAAUCGCAGCAGCUCAGAUUGGCCAGCAUAACGCAAAGCGGACCAGCUAUGGCAACGCGAUGAUCGUCGAUCCAUGGGGUACUAUUCUUGCUCGAUGUGGAGAUGGCAUCUCACCGAGUAUUGCUAUUGCGCCUAUUGACUUGGACUACCUGAAAAAAGUGAGAACGGAAAUGCCAGUGAUGAACCAUCGGAGAACAGACGUGUAUCCUAAAAUCCACUGA